AUGGUGCCAUCCAUCCAGCCAGCCAUCCGGGGGAAGGAGGGCGGGCGGGAGGGAGGCCCCGAUGCCAAGCGUGGCGGCGUGGGCGGACGUGUCGCCGGACCCCCCUCGCCGUCGGGGGCCGGGGCGGCGGGGGCGGCGGCGGUGGAGCGGCCGUGGCUGGACUGCCUGUGGAUCGUGCUGGCGCUGCUGGUGCUGCUGGGCGACGUGGGCACCGACCUCUGGCUGGCCCUGGACCACUACGGCCGGCGGGACUAUCUGUGGUGCGGCCUCACGCUGGCCUUCGUCCUCCUGCCUUCCGUCCUGGUGCAGAUCCUCAGCUUCCGAUGGUUCGUGCAGGACUACACCGGAGGAGGCCUGGGGGCCGUGCAGGGCCUCACCAGCCGCGGGCCUCCCAUGAUGGGCUCCGUCGGAGGGGGCAGGAGGGCCGGGCCGGGACAUCACGCCGGCGCCCCCGGAGCGCAGCGCCUCUGCAGGCUCUCCGUCUGGAUCUGGCAGUCCGUCAUCCACCUGCUGCAGAUGGGACAAGUCUGGAGGUAUAUCCGAACCAUGUACCUGGGGAUCCAGAGCCAGAGGCAAAAGGAACACCAGCGGCGCUUCUAUUGGGCUAUGAUGUACGAGUAUGCAGACGUCAACAUGCUACGCCUCUUGGAGACUUUCCUGGAGAGCGCCCCCCAAUUGGUGCUACAGCUCUGCAUAAUGAUCCAAAAGAACCGUGCAGAAACCUUACCAUGUGUUUCCUCUGUGGCCUCCCUGAUGUCCCUGGCUUGGGUGCUAGCCUCCUAUCACAAGCUUCUCCGGGACUCUAGGGAUGACAAGAAGAGCAUGAGCUACAGAGGGGCCCUUAUCCACCUCUUCUGGCGCCUCUUCACCAUCUCAUCCAGAGUUAUCUCUUUUGCCCUCUUUGCUUCCAUCUUCCAGCUCUAUUUUGGGAUCUUUGUCGUGGUCCACUGGUGCGCCAUGGCCUUCUGGAUCAUCCAUGGCGGGACAGACUUCUGCAUGUCUAAAUGGGAGGAGAUUCUCUUCAACAUGGUGGUAGGGAUCGUGUACAUUUUUUGCUGGUUUAAUGUCAAGGAAGGGCGGACUCGAUACCGAAUGUUUGCCUAUUACACCGUAGUCUUGACAGAGAAUGCUGCCUUGACGCUCCUUUGGUAUUGUUACAGAGAUCCCGACACCACUGACUCAUUCGCUGUGCCAGCGCUUUGUUGCGUCUUUCUUAGCUUCGCUGCCGGGAUAGCACUGAUGCUCUUAUAUUACGGCGUCCUGCAUCCCAUGGGGCCAAGAGCUAAGAUUUUUGCCAGCUCCUGUUGCGCCGAGCUGCUCUGGGGCAUUCCUUUGCCCCCUGAUGUUGAACCCAUGGCUCCCCAAACCCCUGGGUACCGGGCGGCCCAGGCUACGCCGACCAGAGCGGCCACGGAGCAACAGGAGGAACUCACGGCUGACACUUGCCUGCCAGUUUUCCAAGUGAGAGCAAUGGUGCCAUCAACUCCAUCUGGGCGACCCUACCACCCUGACGGCCCGCUCAUUAAGAUAGAUAUCCCAAGAAAGAGGUACCCAGCUUGGGACGCUCAUUUUGUAGACAGGAGGUUGAGAAGGACUAUAAACAUUCUCCAGUAUGUCACCCCCACCGCUGUAGGAAUUAGAUAUAGAGAUGGACCUCUCUUGUAUGAAUUGCUACAGUAUGAAUCUUCACUUUAA